AGCCCAAGCCAAAACCCUGAUUCGUCAGUCGUUAUCCAUACACUGACUCCAGAACAACAUAUCUUUCGGCAUACAUUUGGUCUACAAAAUUUAACCCCCAAAAUUUUCAGAUUCAAAAAAAAAAAAAAAAGUAAAAAAAAUUUUGCAAUACAAUAGCCCAAAUUAAAAAACCCUUUAUGUCGUCUGAAAUAAUUCGCGCGUUUUCUGGAAAAUCAAAUUAAAAGACCAUCGGAAAAAAGGACCAAGUCCUGAAAUAGUUACAAAGAUUAUAAUAAACCGCGAAUUACCGCCUAUAAAAGAAACGUAAAAUCCUUACAAAAAAAUUUAAAAAUUUCCAUGUAAAACGAGCCUUAAGCUUGACCAAAAAAAAGAAACAUAAGAAUCCUUUGGCCUUCAAAUCAGUUAGUAUUAAUAGUGUUUGACAAUGAGUCGUUCGGGCGGAGUUGGUCGAAUCGCGCUGCGCGCUCUGUCCAGACAGCAGCCAUUGAUGGCCAAGCGUUUCUGUGAGUGGAACCUGGAUGAAGAGGUCCUGUCGAGGUCCUUCGCCACUGGGGCCAUGUCCAAGUGGGUGGAGAUAUUCAGCCGCCUGAUCAACGGAGAGCUUCCCCUCGGUUGCGGUCGUCAUGUGGCACCAAAAGUCUUGGAGCCACUGAUGACCGGUGAGGAUGUGCUCAAUUUCAGCAGCGACAAUGAGGAGUUCCGUCGCCAACUGGCCCAACAGCUGGAUGAGCUGCGUCAGGCCCUGCAGGGAGGUCAGCGGCAACCGCCGAAAGGUGAAUCCGAGAAGCAGGGACGCAUGCGUGAGGCCUACAAGAGAUCCCGACGUGGUGAAUCGGAGGAGUCCGAGGAAUCGGAGGAGUCGGAGCGACGGCCACCGGCCAGAAAGUCACGGGGGAAACGGGAUAAUCAGAAAUCCUGGAUGCCCGUUCGAGGUGAAUCUGAGGAAUCAGAGGAAUCUGAGCGGUAUCCCCAAGUAGAGUCGCGUGAUCCGAGGGCACCAAGGACAUCCGAACCGAAAAAGCCGGAUCCCAGGAGGGCGGAUCCCAGGAGAUCGGAAAGGAAGCCGGACAGGACCAUAAGAAGCGAGUCUGAGGAAUCCGAGGAAUCGGAAGAAUCAGAGCGGAGGCCCAGGGCCAGAAAUAAUCAGGGUUCCGAGUCGGAGGAGACCUUAAGAGGAAAGAAGGGGAGAAAUAAGAGCCGCACCGUACGGGCAGAGUCGGAAGAAUCGGAGGACUUGGGGAAGUCGAAGGAGUCAGAGGAAUCCGAGGAGUCGGAGGGGCAGCCAAGGGCUCGUGACCCACAUAUAAUUGAGGGUAUUUACUGGACGGGUGAUGGCAAACGACUCGAGGUUAAAGGCCCCAAGGAUGAUAAAAAGAAGGGCAACUCGGGUUACAUCUCCGGCGAUGGCAAAGAGUCCGAAGAGGUGCGAGAGUCUGAGAGGAACCCUUCAGAUAAUCCUCGUGGCCAGGCCAAAUCAGAGGACCUGAAGGACGAUUGAAUCUCAUAGCAGAAAUAUAUGUAUAAAAUGGCCAAGGCAA